UGAAUCACCGUAGGCUUCUGCUAGCCGUUUUCAGUUAGCGGUUUGAAAAGGACCUGGACUACUCUCUCAAUGGUCCUCAUUCGGUUUGGCGUUAGCACUUCUCUCUGUCUUUGUAACCCGGUUUACUAGCUCAUUUAUUUUGUCCGGGCAGUCGUAUUUUUAACGGGUACAUUAACUUGCUUGAAGUGGGUUCAGAAAAAAUAAAUUGAAUGGAUCCGAGGGUGGCUUGGAUUCAGCCCGAGCAGAAAGGACCUGCGAACGCAUUUUGGAUGCAAGUGUGGGAGACUUCUCAGGUACGAGCGAACUCCGGCCAGCAUCUUCGUAAUAAUCAGAACCACAACCUGCAUGUGAAUUCUCCAGCGUUGGACGUUUAUAAAGAUGUUGCGGCAAAGGGCAAUAGCAUGUGUAGCACUAACACCACGGCUGGUCUGAGCAGCAGCCAUCACGGUAUUUCAAACUGCACUACUUCUAACCACGGCACUGCAUUCUCCUCCUUCGGGGUAACGUUACCGAACGGCAGCGUACAGAACUCAUUGACCCCGUCCAACGCUAACGGUGUAACUACAGAUUUGGGAGACAGUAAAAUGCCCCAAAAGACGGGAUCUAUUUCGUCCUUGUCUUCAGUGGAAUCUAUAACGGACAGUACAUCUUCAAACGGCUCAUUGGGAAGGAUUAGUGGUGGUAAUGUAACGGGAAAUAUGAAUAAAAACGCUGGAGGUGUCAAUCUGUUAUUUAACUUCAGUGAAAGCAUGCCCAAUAAUGUAAACCAAUACCACCACCAUCAAAGGCACCAUCAGGAUCACCCUCAGUACAAUUUCCAACAGAAUUGUGAGAAGCGUCACCCGACUCACCCGCCUGCACCCCUAAAUAACCACGCUCACCAUCCAGGCCGAAGGAAAAGUGACAACAAGGCGAGCACCUAUGGGAUGAAUUACCUGCUUUCUAACUAUGGCAACUAUGUUAGUUCGGGGACUGGGACGCCUUGGAAGACCAGGAAAUACAGCCCCGGUGUUGAUGGGUGAGAUUAUUUUUGAUAAGGCCAUUGCCCCCACUGGAAUUGUUUGACGCCAACGUUAGCUUGCUAAUGGUAGCUUGCUAAUGUUAUCCGCGAUACCUAUCAUGGUUUCCUUUCCUACUAGCUAGACACUUAUUUAUUGUAAAAAUGGUCAUGCCUGAAGUCAAUCCGUUAUCGUGUCGUUUUGGUGGUUGCAUGUUGAUGUUUUAUCUUUUUCAAAUUGAUUUGCUGCACGGGUGAUUAGUAAUGCGAAUGUUAUCUUAAAUAGCUAGCUACUUAGCUAACUACAUCGCUAAUUUGACUGCGCUCUGCAGACUAACCGGAUUUGACUUGUUAAGCAGCUAUAGCUAGCUAUCUAGAUAAGAGUUUGGUAAGGUUAGCUUGCUAACUGAUAGUUAGCUAACAGCUAGCAAGCUAUUUGACAGAUCUGAAGGGUUGGGUAACUUCUGGAAUGUAGGGUUAAUGCCGCAUUCAUGUCAUGUCGGAAACUCGGACAUUUUCUGACAUGUUUACUCGUAUACGAAAGCCGUGUUUCCUACUUGGAAGUAUCAGAAUCAAGCAAUAGGAAGCUAUACGCAAGUAAUUAGGGUCAUUUUAACUCCGAGGUCCCGAGUGUCUGACAUGACGUGAACGCGGCAUGUAUCGCAAAAUUAUGAAAGGGGUCAUGAUUAGCUAUUUAUCUUUAUACAGCCACUCAGGGGAUUAUUAACGUCUGACUCGUUAUUCAGCUAUAGUUCAUUAACUUUCUAGUUUAUUACAUUCCCUAAUAUUGUUGAUUAGACUAACGUUAUACAUGUAAAAAUUGGCUGCAACAAAAAACUGCCAGGUGACUGUUUAAGAUUCUCUCUGGUCUCCAUGGACAGUUGUAAGAUCCAUAGGUUUCGUUUGAAUUGAACUGUGCAGUACAAUGAUUGGCCCUAGUGGCACCCUGGUGGCAUUGAAAGCAUGUAGGCUAAUGUACCGAUUGUAAUACCUGGUUGUGCUACAUUUCAGUGUAUGGCUGCACUCAAUAAUUUUGGUGUGAAAAAUGUUAACAUCAGUGCAUACCAUUUUUGUAUAGGUCUGUGAUCAGUAUGGGAAUUGAAACCACAACCUUGGCGUCGCUAAUCCCAUGCGCUUACAGGACCAUGUUGUGAUUUUAUUGAAUGUUGAGGGAUGCUGAGCUUACUUGAAAGCCUGUAUCAAUGUAUGCUUUAUAUAUUUUUUUUAAAUCUCUGCUUCCAUGAUGGUCUAGGCUUUCUUUGAAAAUACCUACCAUGUAGGUGAACUGAUGACAUUUAAAUUCAUGAAAUCCUGAAACAGAAAAUGUAAAUCGACCAAUUAUUUGACUUGUUUAGUUUCAGGGUGAGCAACUGCGUGUGUGUUGUUAACCCUCUCCUCGUCCCCCCAGUCUCCAUGAGGAGGUGGUGGACUUCUACAACUUCAUGUCUCCCCGACCGGAGGAGGCUGCUAUGAGGAAGGAGGUGGUCGACAGGAUCGAGACGGUCAUCAAGGAGCUGUGGCCUACUGCCGACGUGAGCACACACACCAGAGCUGGGCGUUGAACCGGCACAUCACACAUUUUAGGCAUUUGUCUAAAAAUAUUUGUACAGUAUAGGUUUUUUUGAACUCUUUCAUUCCCCCGCUCUCUCCAGGUGCAGAUAUUUGGCAGCUUCAGCACUGGACUCUACCUACCUACAAGGUAAGAGGGCAGCCUUGUGUGAUGUUUUGGCUCAGUCUUGUUCUCAGAAUUUGCCACAAGUGCUUGGCCACCAGUUGACUUAACACCAUCUCUCGCUGUUGCCAUAGUGACAUAGACCUGGUGGUGUUUGGUAAGUGGGAACGGCCCCCGUUGCAGCAGUUGGAACAGGCACUUCGGAAACACAACGUGGCGGAACCUUUCUCCAUCAAAGUGCUGGACAAAGCUACAGUGAGUUGGUGCUCUAAAAAAUAAAAUAAUAAUAUGCUUACAUACGAUCUGUCGGAAUAACUCCAAUGUUGUCCGAACUGAUAAACAAGGAGAUGAUUUGCUUUAAUUUGUUACAUUUUAGUCAUUUAGCAGACGCUCUUAUCCAGAGCGACUUACAGGAGCAAUUAGGGUUACGUGCCUAGCUCAAGGGCACAUCGACAGAUUUUUCACCUAGUCGGCUCGGGUAUUAGAACCAGCGACCUUUCGGUUACUGGCACAACGCUCUUAACCACUAAGCUACCGCCGCCUAAUAAUGUAGGACAAGUGUGCACGAACUAAUGAUUGGGCCUAAUUAGUGACUGCUUUAGAAUUGAGAGAGGGAACGAAAGAGCGAUGGACGUGAAAUAAACUUUAUACUUCUGAAAUGAAGUCACAAUGUUUCUCUAUUCUCUCUCCAAGGUGCCAAUCAUUAAGCUGAGUGACCAGGAGACUGACGUCAAAGUAGAUAUCAGCUUCAAUGUGGAGACUGGAGUCAAAGCUGCUUUCUUUAUCAAGGACUACACUAGGGUGAGAACACUAGCAUUUGUAGUUUUUAUUUUUGCUUUAUUUUUCCAGGUUGUCGUAUUGAGGUCAAAAUACAUUUUUUCCCCCAAUGGGAGACCUGAAUGGCUAUAAUGAUCAGAGCAACAAUUUAAAAAAUGUUCCCAGUUGUAGGGUACAAAAACUGGCCUAUGAAAGGAAUGGAAAUUGACUUCCUGCCCACUGACACUCCCAUAUUGUAAUUUGUUUUGGUUAAACUUGAGGCUAAUGAAAUACUUACUGAACUACUGUCCCUGUGAAAUGCAUUUACUAUCACUGUAGCAACAGAAGCACUACUUAACCGCUUCACAAUUACAUUCCACACCAUAUGUAUUAAAAUGUUGCUCUAUACUCCAGCAUUUUGGAUUUAAGAUAGAAUGUUUCAUAUCAGGUGAGAAUACACAAAUGUACACCUGCACAGUGGGGCUGUGACGAUAUGGUCAUUGUAGUUAAUUAUCACGUUUCUGCGCUCAACUAGGCUGAAUAUUUGCUUAAUGAAAACUACAACUCCCUUCAGGCCAGCAUUCCACUCUCAUCAAUUAUUUGAUUUCUCUCUAGAGAAACGGCACGUUGGGCUCACAAAAAAACCUAACUAAAUGGAAUUCAAGUAAUUGAACUGACGUCGGUCAAUUACAAGUUUAAGAACCGAUAAUAAAAAAAAAACGACAUGUCGGUUCAUCGCUCAGCACUACUUUCCAUGAUACUAACGAGUAUUGCACAGUGGGUCAGAGUGGUGCAGAGUAUGUGAGCGGAGCGUGCCUAAUUUGACUGGAGCACGGAGUGAGUUUCCCAAAGGCUGGAGCAUCAGCCUUCUCACCCGCUCCAAUUUCACUCCAGUAGUGCUCCAAGUAGUGCUCACUUCACGAGCUCAGGGCAUGCCCGGCCCAGCAUACAUUUGUAGUCUACUUAUGUUCUGCUAUAGCCCCUUGCUUUAGCUACUGUCAUGGAGUUCACUACAUAUUUUCAUAAAUAAACUAAUAAAACACAGGUGCAAAAUCACAGUGACUUACAAAGAGGAGGACCAAGAGCAAUACAUUUACAUUACAUUUUAGUCAUUUAGCAGACGCUCUUAUCCAGAGCGACUUACAGGAGCAAUUAGGGUUAAGUGCCUUGCUCAAGGGCACAUUAACGUCAUCUAGCAGACGCUCUUAGCCAGAGCGACUCACAAAUUGGUGCGUUCACCCUAAAGCCAGUGGGAUAACCACUUUACACAUUUUUUUUUGGGGGGGGUGAUUUUUGUUGGGGGGGGUAUCCACAACUAAAGAAUUGUGGAACCUGAAAAUACACAUAUCCCGAAAGCAUGAUGGUGUACUUACUAUGUGCACAUGCUAACAGAAAGGAACGAGGUGUGUCAUUGUAGCAAAGUAUUUAUAAACAAAAAAUCUGAUCUCUUAAAAGUUAGUUCAGUUUUGUUCUAUUAUCUAUACAAUAAAUGAUUUUGGGCUAAUAGGCCUGGCAUAUUACCUCUUUAAAGGAGCUUUCAGUUUUGAUAGGGUUAUUUAGCCUAAAAACAUGUACAUUUUAGUCAAUUAGCAGACGCUCUUAUCCAGAGUGACUUAGUUAGUGCAUUCAUCUUAAGAUACUGUAGCUAGGUGGGACAACCACAUAUCCCAGUCAAAGAAAGUACAUUUUUCUGCAAGCGACCUGAGGUGGCAGAACGGCGUGCUCGGGUUGGGAUGUAGGGUUCAAAUAUAUCCUGAAGGUAGGGAGGGGCAGUUCCUCUUGCCGUUCCGUAGGUAAGCACCAUGGUCUUGUAGUGGAUGUGAGCUUCGACUGGAACCCAGUGGAGUGUGCGGAGGAGCAGGGUGACGUGAGAACUUGGGAAGGUUGAAAACCAGGCAGGCUGCAGCGUUCUGGAUAAGUGGCAGCCAACAGAGAGUUGCAGUAGUCCAGACACGAGAGGACAAGUACCUGGAGUAGGACCUGCACCGCUUCCUGUGUGAUGUAGGGUCGUACUCUACGGAUGUUGUAGAGCAUGAACCUGCAGAAGCGAGUCACUGCUUAGAUUUUUGCAGAGAAGGACAGGGUGUUGUCCAGGGUCACGCCAAGGUUCUUUGCACUCUGGGAGGGUGACACUGGAGUUGUCAACAGUGAUGGGGAGGUCUUUGAGCGAGCAGGCCUUCCCCGGGAGCAAGAGCAGCUCCGUCUUAUUGAGGUUUAGGCCUACCUAUAGAAAAAACAACUCUGCAUCCCAGCCCAGCCUCCUGGCAAGAGUGGCCAAAAGGGGUUAAGCAUCCCCAAUGGCUCUGCAAGCACAGAGAGGAUAUUCUCGGCUGCUGGCCUGCUCUUCAGGCACCGUCGCAUGAGCCUGAAGCCACACUCUGGCCAAACUGGUGUUUCUAGAAAUUAAUUCAAAGGCAGUGAGCCUAAUAAGGCAUUUUUCUUUUAAUUUGUAUUUAAUUCUAAGUUACAGCCUAUAUGGGCAAUUUAUAGACUAUGAUGAUGUAAUAAAAUGAAAUGUUUAAAUGCUGAGCACUUAAUGUCACUGCCAGCCUAGUGUCGCACUUGCAAAUGCUUCAAUGUAUUUAUUUGUAGGCUAUAGCCUUGAAAUAAUAUAAAGCUACCUGUCUGGCUCCUGACCUAUUUAGAUAGUUUAUAUGGUGUUUAAUAUGACAUGCAGCCUAUUUGAAAUGAUGAGCGCUUCUUGGUCACCUUUUCAUUCAAAUCAAAUGGUUUGGUUUCAAUAUGUCAAAACCAAAUGGUAGGUCCAGGUAUUCACAGAAAUAGAUGGGUGUUGGUUAAAUUGUGAUGUGAAUGGAGUGAAUUUGGAGUGGCAGUUUUUUCCUGUGAGCGCGGAGCGGUUGGAAAGGACGUGGAGCGGUGCGUGAGCGCUGCUCUGAGAGACGAGUGGGAUUUCAGGCCAGGGUUUUCCUUCUCAAAUGAACUGUGCUUUUACUUGUCUAGCCAAUCCUAUUAGAUCUGCAGUAGGGGUUAGGGGGAGAUCUGGUGAUGGGCGUAUAAUAUACUGUCAGUAAAGGAAUGCCUCUGUGACAUAACUGAAUUCAAUGACAUAGCAGAACAUGCUUCUGGCACCAGAAGCAUAACUUUGGAAUGAGUCAUUGUCCCACUGACCUUUUACAACUGUAGCCCCAAAAUCAGCAUAUGAUAUAACAUGACAACCUGUGAAAAUGAGAAGACUAAUUUUAUUUCAAGUUGUGAUCCCCAUACUAAAUUACAUAUUUUCAUUAAAUGGAGACUUUUCCCUCGUCUAAUUUAAAAUAAUCCCAUUAAAAAAAAAUCUGUUAUCUGUUCCUCAAUGACUGUGUAAAUUAAGCAGGAAUUUGAUUAUUUCCUUAUUGUUUUUUUAUCUCCCUCUCCUUUCUUUCCCUCUCACCCUACAGAGGUAUCCCGUGCUGCCUUACCUGAUCUUUGUGCUGAAGCAGUUUCUGCUCCAGAGAGAUCUCAACGAGGUGUUCACCGGAGGAAUCAGCUCUUACAGCCUCAUCCUGAUGGUCAUCAGCUUCCUCCAGGUACACACGCACGCUUUGCGUAAUCUAGUAUGACAUAGGGCUGGGCGGUAUACCGUAUUUGACAAUAUACUGGUAUUGAUGCACGGACCGGUUUGGGUUUUUACUUUACCUUCUAUAACGAUAUUUGAAUGUAUGGUUUGUUAAAUGUGAUACUUCACUACUUGAGUCAAUGCUCUCUCUCUCAUGCCACUUUCCACACAGACCUAGCCCCGCCCCCUGUCACUCAAGGAGCGCAUUUGUUGUUCCUCGACCACGAGACACUUGCGUUCAGUCUGCAUGGUCAAUGCAGCUCAUGCAACAAUGUUGACGUCAACGAUGCUGUUUUCACAUUUCUUCUUAAUAUAAAUCCACUAGCGAUCUAUAAUUACACUAUUAGUUUGUGUUUCUUACAUCUGCAAACAGUAAGUUUGUCUUUUCGUAGCAAGUUGGGCCUAAAUCUUGUUAGCCGCUAAUCGCUAGCUAGCUAAUAAAUGUACUGAGUCAGAGCAAACAUAAUUAGCUAUACAGUCUGAUAAUACCAGUGAUGGUGUAGACCUAAAUCAGCAUGUUUGUGCAACAGUAUCUUCUAAAUCAAAGAGGAAUACACUAAGCAUGAAUAUGUUAGCUACAUUAAGUAGUUAAGAGGAAACAUUCAAUGUAGCCAAACAUUAUAGGGUGCCCUAGGAAACACUUAUCAACACUUUGGUUCCUACCCUGUCACAAUAACUCCUCCUUGGCAUUUUCAUUCGUUGUCAUGUCAAACAACACUCAUAUUUAAAAUGCCCACUAUUAUUUCUACCUAUAGAAUUAGAAUAAUCAUUCUAUUACUAUUAUAUUCUAACUAUAGAAUUAAAAUAAUCAUUCUAUUUUGAUGAUUCCAACAGUUCACCCAAGUUUUUUGCUCUAAAUCGCUAUUCAAAUCGCAAAGACCUAGAUUGUUUGCCCAUAUCGUGCAGCCAUAUGUGGCAGUGUGGAAAUUAUCUAAAAUGAGUUCAGAAAUUGAUGAAAAUAAAUACUUUUUUGUUGAAUUGAACAGUGUAAAACAAUCAGAAUGGAGAAAGACUAAUUUGAAUUCACUUAGAAUGUGUGUUGCCACCCUAGGGUCACGCACUAGUCAUAAAGCAAAUUUACAACUUUGUAUUAUUCAAAAACAUAAAAUACCAUCAUUUAAAAAAAAUGUAUGAUAUGAUAUUUUGUCCGUAUCGCCUAACCCUAGUAUGACAGUGUACAAUUACGGCACUUAGUGCUGUCCUAACACCUAUGCCUAUUCUCUCCCUCCUUCCUUCCCUCCCUCCGUCUCUCUCCAUCCAGCUCCACCCAAGGAUUGACGCCAGUAAUCCCAACAUCAACCUUGGCAUUCUGCUGAUUGAGUUCUUUGAGCUUUAUGGACGUCAUUUUAACUACCUGAAGACGGGCAUCCGGGUCAAGAAUGGCGGGGCCUACAUGGCCAAGGAGGACAUGAUGAAGGUUAUGACCAACGGCUGCAGACCCUCCAUGCUCUGUAUAGAGGACCCACUGAUGCCAGGUGGGGGUUGUGUGAGUGAGUGAGUGAGUGCGUGUGCGUGUGUGCUGGACUGAGUGUUUGAGCGACUGACUGAGUGUCUGUGGUUUUCCCAUUAGUAAUGGUGUUGGCUGUAGUUUGUAUGGGCCGAUUCAGGUUUUUUUACCCGCGUCUGUGUGUUCCAGGUAACGACGUUGGCAGGAGUUCGUAUGGAGCCAUGCAAGUCCAGCAGGUUUUUGACUACGCUUACAUCGUCCUCGGUCACGCCAUGUCACCACUAGCACGCUGCUACCCCAACAAGGACAUUGACAGGUUGGUUCCCCCCUCCCUCUUUCAGAAUGUCUUCUGGAUCCAUCCGGCCUAGAAAUAUUUGUACAUGAAUAGGUUCAACAGUUAUCAAAGUAAAGAUUGUCAAAUUAAUAUGGUGGUUGUGUUGGGAAGUGUAACUGAUCCACUGCUGUGCAACAGUUAAACCGUCCCCCUCAUGUUUCUCACUAUCCCUGCAGCACUUUGGGGAGGAUAAUCAAGGUGACACAGGAAGUGAUUGACUACAGGGAGUGGAUCAUGACGAAGUGGGGGGGCAGGCACCUCGCCCGCAUGGAGAGCCGGGGUAAGAGCAGUGUGUGAAACAUCUGUGUUAAAUCUUGACUGUCUUGUAUGGCAGGUACUGUGUGUGUGAAGGGUAGUCUUUGUCUUAUAUGGCAGUUUGGUAAGUGUGUGUUGCUCUGUGUAUAAUAACCUAUGUUUUUCUGUAGGUUCCCUCCUGGAUCAGGACCCAGCAGGGUGUGUGUUGGGUGUAGGGGUGGAGGAACAGAGGGACUCUGUCUCCCCUCACAGUGCAGACUCUCCCAUGUCCCUGUCCAGUCCUCACCAACACUCCUCAGCCUCCUCUGUCUCCUCGCUGUCCGGGUCAGACAAUGUAAGGGCAGGGCACACACACACACACUGCAGUCUUUAUGAUGAAUUCUAUAAAUGCAAUUGUAUUAAUUGAUUGACAGCUGGCCAUGUAUUAACCCCUCCACUUUGCUGUUUGUUCUAGGACUCUGAUUCGACGUCCCCGGCGCUGCCUCUCUACCCCCUUCAGGCUUUGGGUAUGACUCUACCCCUGGGCCUGGCACUGGGCAAGCCUGGCAUCAACCAGCACCACCUCAUCAUGACCCCUGGCUCACAGGUACAGAACCUUGCACCUGCUGACCUUUGUGUGUUUUCAGAGAUGGGAGAGUUUAACCUGAUCAAGAUUUUCUGGGAGUGGGAGAUUAAAGGUAGACUCCGCAAUGCACGAAGUGAACACAAUAUCGGGCUUAUUUCCACAACUAAGAGCGUUGAAGCGCGAGGCUAAACUUCUCCGCUGUUUUGGUCCCGUAGCUACCACGUUGUACCAGGGUGAAGCGCAUCCGUGCAUAUCCACAGAUACCAUGACUGUGUUUACACAGGCAGCCCAAUUCUGAUCUUUUUUCCACUAAUUGGUCUUUUGAUCAAUCACAUCCGGUGUUUUCACAUCAUAUCAUUUUCAGAGCUGGUUGGAUUGGUCAAAAUACCAAUUAGUGAAAAAAGAUCAGAAUUGGGCUGCAUGUGUAAACACAGCCUAAGUGUGAGAGUAAAGUCUUGCAUCGUGCUCAUCUUAUCUGCGGUGCUGCUCAUGCCAACGUCAUAACUCCAAGUCUACCUUUAAAUGUAUUUUUUAAAAUCCUGAAUUGAGCUCCGUCUUAUCAUUAAGAUUUGUCGCUAGAGAGAAAGUAUUUAUGUUUUCUAUAAAAUAGUCUAUCCAGGCCCUCUGUUUUAGUACUCACAUCCCACUAACAGGGAUUGUGAAAUGGUGAGGUUACACUGUUUGUGAUUGGAUGUGUGAGAACUGAAAAUGUCUAUCUCCCUCCCCUCGCCCCUCUCUCCAGGCGUGUAUGUCUUUGCCCGGUGGCCUGACGAUGCACUCUUUACCUGGCAGACAGGUGGGUAUAGACGGGCACCACCUCCCCCCCUUUUUCCCCAUGCCCCCCCCUACCCACCAUAACCCCCAUGCCCCCUCCAACCCCCAGCCUCUGUCCAGCCCCCACCCUGCCAGCCACACACACCAGGUAGGCGCCGGCCGCAAUCACGGCUGCACACACUAUACAUGGAGAACCUCUCUCUCCUGUCUUUCUUUCCUCUGCAAGACUCUCCUCACCUCUCACUUUCUCCUUUCUGCUUUCCAACUCCUCUUGCUUUCCUGUUUCUCUCCUCUCCUUCACUUCCUCUCCAUUCUCUCAAUCUGUCCCUCUUGAUUUCACAAUUUCAUUGUUGUAUUGUAUAUCUGCCAGAUUGAACUGAAUAUAGCAUUCCUUUCGUAGAGCACUCAGGUUUCUAACAUGUCAACCCUUCUUUCUCUCUCUCCAGAACGGUCCCAAGUUUCAGAUGAAAGGCUUCCACAAUCCAUCCGUGGUCCACAGUCCCGCCCUGGCCAACCGUGCACACGCACACCCUCUCACACACUCUCAUACGCAGUACCGUAACACCUGGCGGCGUCGGAAGAGGGACAGCCUACCAGUCAGCCUGAGCAGAUAA